AUUCCUUCUUGUGACCUGCAGCCCUGCAAACGAGGCCGAUGUGAGCCGGUCGGACAAAACGGAUACCACUGCAUCUGCGAAGAGGGCUGGCAAGGCGAGCAUUGCGAGGAUGGAAGACUUAGAGGAACGAACUUAGUCUGGGAUCCAUUGAAUGCAUCAUCAUUUGCAGAGUUGGACUGUGGACGUGGUACAUUUACAGACGUUUCGUCGGCAUCGUCAGGGAUUCUUGCUAUUCUCAGCAAACUGGUCAAAGAGACAAGUAAAGUCGAUCCUUUGACCUUUGACCUCUGCAAGGAGACCAGAUAG